AUGAUCUUUAGCAAGGCCCUCGCGGCCAUAAUAGCAGUCGGGGCUGGACUACUCCAGGGCUCGCUGGCCCACUCGCUCAAGCGGAGCCCGCUCUCCUCAGUCACUCGCCUUGAAGAUGCCGUCAUCCAUACCCCUUCACACAGGGUCCAUGCUCACACAUCCUUCACUAUCACCUUCACUCUGCCCGACCGGCAGCAGAAAGUCCGCCUGGCCCUAGAGCCCAACCACGACAUCUUCGGCGCCGACGCCGCCAUCCAGGUUCUUGCCGCCGACGGUACUGUUCGUAGUAUUGAGCCCAUCGACCGGGCUGCUCAUCGCGUCUUCAAGGGAGACAGCUUUGUCCAGCAGGUCGGGUCCGACGAGUGGCAGCAUGUCGGCUGGACCCGCAUUACCGUGCGCCGGGAUGGCGCUCGGCCCAUCUUUGACGGCGUCUUUACCGUCCACGGCGACAAUCAUCACAUCCAGACGAAGACGAACUACCGCGAUACCACCGUCACCGGUGACCCCGAUAUUGACGACGCCGACGAUGAGUUUAUGGUCGUGUGGCGUGAUAGCGAUAUCCAAAAGCAUGGAGACCUCAAGGCCCGAGAUGCUGCCCCUAUCUGUGGCUCGGACCGCCUGGAGUACAACAGGGAUCGCAGUAACCUCUUCUACCGCAGCCUCGACGAAGCGACCGGUGAGUCCGAAGACACAUCUCCGUGGUACAUGAGUCCGAAGAUGUUGUUUGGCCGACAGUUCUGGGACAAUAUCCCCGGUGGAAACGGUGCUGGCGUGAACCUGAUCAGCUCGAUCGGCUCGACUGCGGGCUGUCCGACUACCCGCAAAGUUGCUCUGGUCGGUAUUGCCACUGACUGUACUUACACGGCUGCUCUUAAGACGAAGGAGGCCGUGCAGCAAAACGUCAUUAAUCUGGUGAACUCGGCCUCGCAGCUGUACGAGGCCACGUUCAACAUCUCUCUGGCCAUCCAGAAUCUGACCAUCAGUGAGCCCGAAUGCCCCAAUACCCCGCCCAAUUCAGCCCCGUGGAACACCCCAUGUGCUGGCGUCGACAUCGAGCAGCGUCUUAGCCUGUUCUCUAAGUGGCGCGGCCAAUGGAAGGACACGAAUGCCUACUGGACCCUCUUGACGACUUGCAACACUGGUCCCGCUGUCGGUUUGGCUUGGCUAGGUGCCGUUUGCCAGGAAGGCUCGGUAACGCGUAACAACAACGAGACAAGUGCUGGCGCGAACGUCGUUGUCCGUACCUCCACCGAAUGGCUUGUUUUUGCCCAUGAGACCGGUCAUACUUUCGGCGCCGUCCACGACUGCAGUGCUUCGACCUGCCUCGAUGGUAGCGUGAACCGCCAGGAGUGUUGCCCUCUGUCACGCUCGACCUGCGAUGCCAGCGCCCAAUUCAUCAUGAACCCGUCGACCGGCGAUCGCAUCACCCAGUUCUCCCCCUGCAGUAUCGGCAAUAUCUGCAGCUUUCUCGGCCGCAGCCCCAACCGUAUGAGCUGCUUGACCAGCAACCGUGGUGUCACCACCUUCACGGCCAGUCAGUGCGGCAACGGCAUUGUAGAGAAGGGCGAAGACUGUGACUGUGGCGGCGACGAGGGCUGCGCCAACAACCCUUGUUGCGACCCACAAACCUGCAAGUAUACCGCGGGCAGUGUCUGCGACCCGAGCAAUGAGGAGUGCUGCACACCGCAGUGCCAGUUUAUGCCUGCCGGCUCGAUCUGUCGUCAGAGCACCGGCCCGUGCGAUCCCCAGGAAGUCUGUUCCGGCACGUCAGCUGGCUGUCCUGCCGACGAGGCAGCCCCCGACGGUCAGGAAUGCGGCGAACCGGGAGCCGGGCUCACCUGUGCCUCUGGCCGGUGCACCUCUCGCGACCAACAAUGCAAGACCUUCCUCUCGGGGUCCGUUGCUAACGGCAAUGAGACCACAUCCUGCUCUUCAUCCGGCUGUGACCUCUCGUGUGCUUCUCCUCGACUCGGUCCCCAACAGUGCUACGUCCUCAAUCAGUGGUUCCUCGAUGGCACCCCCUGCGAAGCCGGCGGCCGCUGCUACAACGGCGUGUGCAAGGGCGCCUCGGCAACUAAGCAGUUCGUUGGCUGGUUCAAGGACAAUCCGCAGAUCGCCAUUCCCGUGGCGUGUGUCGUUGGCGGCCUGAUCUUCCUUGCGCUGGUAAGCUGCUGCUGGAGCUGUGUCUGUGGUGCGGCCAGAAGAAGGAGAUCUGCGGCGAGGAGCAGGGCUAGGGCUGCAGCCAUGGCGGCUGCUGCUGCUCUGCCUAGGUCGAGGUCCAGUCACAGGAGGGGAUGGAGUUCGACUGCUGUGCGUGGGGGAUCGGUGUCGACUGCUCCCGGAGCCAUGCCCAUGGGAGUAGUGGGCAACGUAGGAUAUGCGCCUGUGCCGACGCCGCCGGCAAAUGUGGUUACUGAGCCAUAUCAGUAUACGGGGUGGGAGAGGGGAAGGUCGUUUCGGUAUGCGUGA